AAGAGGGAGAUUUGGUGUGUGCGUUUCUGUAUCAAGCAGAAUGGUACUUCAAAUUAUUUGUGUAGGUACCCUAGUUUUGAUGGAAAAAUCUACAAGUAGUGUUGAUCCUAAUCUAUUCUAUAAACAGUAACUUUCAACUGGCACCUUGUCAUAUAUAUUACUAGUCUGCUCGAGUGAUCAGUAGAUUAUUAACAAGCUUGUAUAAUUUUUUUAUUCUUCUUACUUGACAAAUUUUAACAUAUUUUACAAAGUGGCUUUAUUUUGAUGAAGACGAGGAUUCAAAAUUUCUGACAAUGGAUAAAGAAAAUACGAGCACAUUUAAUAAAUUGCCGCAAAUGGAUUGUUUAGAAAAAUUAGCUGUUUCUCUUCCGUCAGCGACGUAUGGCUUAACUCCGUGUGGUGAAAAUAUGGAGUUCGAUUCACGCUUUUUAAAUAAGUUUCAGCCGGGAAGGAAGGGAUUUGGUAUGAUUAAGUCGUCGCGUACUCUUUCUGAACCUACUCUCCCGACAACUAAAUCAUCAAAAAGCAUGACAACACCCAAUUUCGUAUCUCCUACGUUCGCAAGGUAUAUGCCUUAUCUUUUGUCAUCUCUCAGCGACACUUCAGAAUCGUCGACAACGAUGUCUUCUAUCUCUGUGUCAAACUUAAGCGAUGCAUCCAGUAGUGUACGACUUCCACUGUCUCCAAGUCAACUCUCUUUACCAGAACCUCCAGAUGGAGGCUGGGGUUGGGUUGUUGUAGUCGCCACAUUUUUUGUUCAUAUGAUAACCGAUGGGGUAAUAGUAUCGUUCGGUGUUUUGAUUGAAUCUCUCGUUGAAGAAUUCCAAAAUUCAAUCAGUGCUACUUCAUGGAUUGGAUCAUUUUCGUAUGGUAUCCCUGCCCUCGCCGCUCCUUUGUCUUCGUUGCUGCUUAACCGCUUUGGAUGUCGAAUAACAUGCAUGGUUGGUGGGUUGAUAAGUGGUCUAGGAUGUUUUGCUGGUGCCUUCACUAAUUCGAUCAUAUCAAUGGUCUUCUCUUUUGGUAUCUUAUCUGGUCUGGGUGCGAGUUUGUGCAUCACUUCAGCUCUUGUUGUUGUUUCAGUGUAUUUUGAUGACAGAAGAGCUACAGCUACUGGCUUGUCUAUUGCAGGUACAGGUGUUGGUGCACUUGUAUUUGCUCCGAUGGUAGAUAUGCUGCUGAAUAUUUAUACUUGGCGAGGGGCUAUGAUUAUAUUGUCUGGGUUUUUCCUAAACAUGAUAGUAUGUGGUGCUCUAAUGCGUCCUGUAGAAACUGACGUCGAGAAACGACACAGACAACGUCUUGCGUGGCUAGAACACUUAGCUCGCGAGUCGGGAUUACCGCCUUUUGAAAGUGCAGACUACUUGGAUAAAGAUGUGCUUGGACGGAUUAAGCUACUACGUGACUACAUGCUAGCUCCACGCAGAGUUACAAUGAGUUAUUUGCAUUCGACAACUGAGCUAAGUGGAAAGCUGAUCUCUGGUGCGCGUGCAUAUCCUCCAUCCGUUGGAAAUCGUUUUGAAGUUCUGGAAAACAAGGAGGUUUUAUCCAAAGAUCCCCGUCGAAUCCCUCUAGUCCAUUCCAAUGUUAAACCAAUAAAUAAAAAGACCCUGCGAGUCCAAGAUCAGGAUGUAUGGAAAGACAAUGCGCUCACAUUUAAAUCUCGAAAUAAUGAGUCAGGGAACAAGAAAGUGUGUAGCUUCAAGCUCCAGUGUCCAGAAGUUGAACCCGAUGGGAUUUCGUUCUCGCAUUUAAUUCCUGUUGAAAACUUUGACUGCAUUUCAAAAGAUGAAAACCAUGAGGCAAAUAAUAGACAUGGAAUUUACAGUGUUGAUGGAAGUCCAAACGCUGCCGAUAACUUUAUUUCGUGCAACCACAAAAAAACUGUUUCUUCAAAGAAGGAUGAAAAAUAUGUUUUAAAUCCAUUUCGUCGAGACAACCAGAUGUACAUGAACAGUGACUGCUGCGAAACCAGUUCCCUUAAGCUUGCAUACAACACCUCACAUAAUUAUGAUGAGAGUGACAUUCUUCGACGUUCUUCAUCUAGUCAGCUUGAAUAUUAUCGCUCUGGGCACCAGAGUGCAGUGAGUUUGCCUGAUCUUCAUCACAUCAGGAGAGUGUACAAAAUAGCCACUUCUAGUGAGUCUGAAGAGUCAUCUCAGUAUUCAGUGAGGCACAACUGCAAUUGUCUUGCAAAAAGAAAAUCGGGAUUAAAGUCACUUGAUGAGGAUGAAAAAUAUCAGAAUAGGGAAAUACACUGUUUUAACUGCUGUACAGAAAUAUGCGGGGACAAGCAUGAUAUUUUUCAUCGUCUGUUCGAUCUACGAUUGUUUAAAAGACCUACGUUCGUUCUGUUUAUGGUCUCAAAUUUCUUACUUUACUUCUGGUACAAUGUUACGUACUUUUUUAUGGGUGUACGUGCUAUCAAUUACGGUCUUAGUGAAACACUUGCAGCCCUUUUAUUUUCUGUUCUUGGUGGUGCUAACAUGAUUGGUGAGGUCUUGGUUGGAUUUUUGGCUGAUCGUGACGGCGUUGAUUCUCUUACUCUAUAUUUCUUCAUGAUUCUUGCAUGUGGUUUAUCAACGUGCUUGAUGCCGUUACUUACUACAUUUAUGUCUAUGGCAGUUUAUUCUAGCGUAUUUGGCAUGGGACUAGCCGCCAACGAUGCCCUGUGCACUGUUCUGUUGGUAGAAUUUGUUGGACUUCAUCGUCUUACAAACGGCCUUGGAAUAUGUUUUUUUUGUCAGGGUGUUGCCAACAUUUUGGGACCGCCUCUUAUUGGUAUUUUUGAAACUGUAUAUGAAUUUCAAAUUGACCGCUUACAACGUUCUCAAAUCUAUGCGGCUUGGACGAUAGACAUCUCUGAAUAGAACUCUUAAAACGUCUCAUUGUCGACUUAUUCAGUAUCCUAUAAAGUUGAAAUUCAGUUUCUGGUGUAUUGCCGCCAAGUUUUAAAUCUAUCAACACUCGGGUUUUGAUCGUCGUUGUCGAGCUAAGUGUUAGAGAAAGAUUAUCUGCAAACCUCUGCAUUUCCACAAAGAUUUGUGUGCUGUUUUACUGGUUACACUCUGGAUAAAAUCAAAGAUUCUAUCCCUUUUUACUGUAUUUAUGAACAAACUUUUAGGGAUGCCUUUCGUUUAUUGGCAACCUUUUAACAUCCAUCAGCUUUUAGUCUGUUAUUGAUACAUUUCUUCUGCUCUACAAAAGUGUUUUGGUCAGUAUAUUUUGUAACAGGCGAAAAAAAGCUAAUUAGGUUCAAAUAUAAUCCACUAUGUAUAUCUUGCCAGUUAUGUAAUUGAUUUGACGCAGUCUCAUGAUCCUGCUUUCAUUAUUUCUGGUUUGGGUAUGGUUUUGGCAGCGUUUUCAGUUGUUCCUAUUAUUAUACAGCAUUUUCGAAGAAGGCGGGCUCGUCGAUUACGUCGUUCACAACAACACUGCACUGAAAUUGUAUUAGAAACACAAACAUAACAAUCAUGAUGGUAUUGCUACCAGUAACGAUUAUUCAAUGACUGACUCAUCAGAAUCAUGUAAUAUUGUCUUGCUCAGAUUUUGUUGGUAGUUAUUUGACGACUUAUUCGUUUUAUUUUGUUUCCUCUCUUUUCUCCUUGUAUUGUGUCUUACUUUUGUCAAAUAGUUAUUUCAUAUUUAACUCUUUAUCUUUUUUUCGAGACGGUUUUUUUGAGGCUACUGCUAUUUAUUCAAAUAAACGUUUAUUCCUUGAUUUUACUUGAUCGGUUAUCUAUUCGUUUUUUCAUUUUUGUUUUAACCCUAUAGUUUUAUGCGCUCGCUAUACAGCUGUAUUCAACAAAGUGCAUUGGUACUAAAAUUUAUUUUUUAUUUUUUUUCACCAAAAUGAUGAUUAUCUAGCAUUUUCCUUUGUUCACAGAAAUUACAAAUACGCCUUUUUAAAAUGCAAAUCAAUUAUGCAUACACAAACACACACACAGAGAUUUCUACAUUCCAUUUAGAAAAGAAACGAAGUAUUGUAUAUGAGGAUUGUUAUUGAACUAGAAAAUCAUUUUUUCAAAAAAAAAAAUCCUCACUUCCUUGUUAUUCUUAUUAACACAUUCAUUUCUUUUUUUUUUUGUUUAUCUCAUCUUGUCUUUCUACUUAAUCAUGUACGUUAUUGCACUUCUAUAUAAUCAGGUAAAACACUUGACUAUAAUGUUUGUUAUUAGCAAUUAUUGAAUAUAUAUCUAUAUUCUGUGUACGCGGAUGUGUCAGUUCAGGAAGAGGGAACUCAAUUCUUUCUAUUGACUGCAAUUAAUUAUCAUGAAUACUAUUAUUGUUGCUAAUGCAACUAAUACAGCUACAACUAUUAUUUACUAUCAGUAACUAUAAUUUUCAAUGCAGCUGUCAGUAUCAUUCUUCCUAUCGGUAUAUUAUUCCUGUUAUUAUUCUUACUUCUAUUGUUUUUGUGAAAUCUCACUUGUAUUUAGAUUCGCAGAUAAUAUCACACUAUUUUCAUACUGUACGCAUCCAAGCAUGCAUAUAUAUAUAUAGUAUGUUGAUGAGAAAAAGAAUUUAUUGUUAUAGCCGGUUUCGUUUCCCAAACUAUUUCUUACUCUUCUUCUGAGAUAUUUUUGCUCAACUUACAUUUUCUCCGACAAUUUUUAUGUCCACCUCGCAGACAUACAUGAACACAUGCGCACACUUUACUGAUAGGUAGUAAAAAAAUAUCGAUAAACAUUGUAGACAAAUAAAUUUUUUUCAUAUUUAUAAAUGUGCUAGUGUUAAAUAAUUUUAUUAUCAUUAUUACGCAUUAAAAUAAUUAAAAAAACUGUAUUUAACAGAAUAAACAGAUAUUUUCUCGUCUUAUAUGAAC